UAAUACUCUGGAAAAUAUAAGAUGUUGAAUGAAGCACCAGCACGCCCGUGUUGAAUUCUCCUAGGUCCUACCGAUCGAUUGAACCUCGAAGAACAAGAGUCGUUUCCAAUUUCUUUUUUUGAAUUUCUUCUUAGGGAUCGGAAUUAGUGAAGGGUUUGGGAAAUGGCGAGGAAGAAGGAGUCGGCGAUGACUCGGGCGGUGACUUCGGUGUUCGCCUUCGUCAGAUUUGCUGAGUUUGAGAUCCUGUUCAUUCUUUUCUUCAUCAUCGCUUUUCUCCUCUUCAAAGAUCUCACAUCAAGACCUGAAUACAAUCAGAUGCUUGUAAAGAAGCCCGGUGGGGUUGGUCUAUGGCCUUACUAGAUGGAUAUGUUUGAGGUCGCACGAAUGUCUUUUAUAUCAGCUUUAAUUAGUGCAAAUAUUCUGUCAACCGCUUGUAACGUCACGGUACUUUUUGCCUGCUUUUGAAUUUAUGUAUGCAUUUAUAAUGAAUACAUGCGAGACAAAGGACAAUGCCUAUCAAUAGGAAUCCAAAGAAAACUGUUUCCGUCAUCCUGGUAAUUCCUACAACUGUCUGUAUAUGGUUGGGUGAAGCUGUCAUAGAACUAGACAGUUGGAAAUCAAUCACAGGCUGGGUUGCCAAAAAGGCCACAAAGGUUGGGCCCUCGUUUGAUGCGUAUAGAUCGAUUGUUUUGUAUGGUCUGAGUUUAUCAGCACAUGAAUAUGUUGCUUAUUUACACGAGGUCCUGGUAAUUUUUUUC